CCAUAGUCUGUGGUUGCACUCUCUGCCUGCCCUUGUUUGCGUAUUUAAUUAUUCCUUCUUGUGUUUUUCAAUCUAGAACGUGGUCCAAAACCAUUCCUGGCAAGGUCGAAUUCUUCUCCAGCGAGGGCUCGGACACCUCCAUCCCCAUCCCCAUCGUGCCGCUUCCAGGUGUCGAUGACUCCUACCCCCCCCAGAAGAAAUCCUUCAUGAUGCUCAAAUACAUGCAUGACCACUACUUGGACAAAUACGAAUGGUUCAUGAGGGCUGACGACGACGUUUACAUCAAAGGGGACAAACUGGAGAACUUCCUCAGGAGCCUGAACAGCAGCGAGCCGCUGUUCCUGGGGCAGACCGGCCUCGGCACCACGGAGGAGAUGGGGAAGCUGGCGCUGGAGCCGGGCGAGAACUUCUGCAUGGGGGGGCCAGGAGUGAUCAUGAGCCGGGAGGUGCUGCGGAGGAUGGUGCCCCACAUCGGCGAGUGCCUGCGGGAGAUGUACACCACCCACGAGGACGUGGAAGUGGGACGCUGCGUGCGGAGGUUCGCGGGGGUGCAGUGCGUCUGGUCCUACGAGAUGCAGCAGCUGUUCUACGAGAAUUACGAGAAGAACAAAAAAGGCUACAUCCGAGACCUGAGGAACAGCAAAAUCCACCGAGCCAUAACGCUGCACCCCAACAAGAACCCCCCGUACCAGUACAGGCUGCACAGCUACAUGCUGAGCCGCAAGAUCGCCGAGCUGCGCCACCGCACCGUGCAGCUGCACCGCGAGAUCGUGCUCAUGAGCAAGUACAGCAACACCGAAAUCCACAAGGAGGACCUGCAGCUGGGGAUGCCGCCCUCCUUCAUGCGGUUCCAGCCCCGCCACCGGGAGGAGAUACUGGAGUGGGAGUUCCUUACAGGAAAAUAUUUGUAUUCCGGUGCUGACGGGCAGCCGCCUCGGAGAGGGAUGGACUCGUCCCAGCGCGAGGCGUUGGAUGACAUCGUUAUGCAGGUCAUGGAAAUGAUCAACGCCAACGCCAAGACGCGGGGGAGAAUCAUUGAUUUCAAGGAAAUUCAGUAUGGAUACCGCAGGGUGAACCCCAUGUACGGAGCAGAGUACGUGCUGGACCUGCUGCUUCUCUACAAGAAGCACAAGGGGAAGAAGAUGACGGUCCCCGUGAGGAGGCACGCGUACCUGCAGCAGACCUUCAGCAAGAUCCAGUUCAUGGAGCACGAAGAGAUGGACGCCAAAGAGCUGGCCAGCAAAAUCAACCAGGAUUCUGGGUCCUUGUCCUUCCUCUCCAACUCGCUGAAGAUGUUUGUCCCUUUCCAGCUCAGCAGGUCCAAAGCAGAAAGGAAGGAGCUCAAAGACAAGAAGAUCAACAUCCUGAUCCCUCUCUCUGGACGGUUUGACAUGUUUGCAAGGUUCAUGGGGAAUUUUGAAAAGACGUGCCUCAUUCCAAACCAGAACGUCAAGCUGGUUGUUCUGCUUUUCAAUUCCAACUCCAACCCUGACAAAGCGAAGCAGAUCGAGCUGAUGAGAGAUUACCGCUCCAAAUACCCCAAGGCUGACAUGCAGGUUCUGCCGGUGUCGGGGGAGUUCUCAAGGGCACUGGCUCUGGAAGUCGGAUCUUCUCAGUUCCAGAACGAGUCUUUACUUUUCUUCUGUGAUGUUGACUUAGUGUUUACCACAGAAUUCCUCCAGCGGUGUAGAGCCAAUACAGUUUUGGGUCAGCAAGUAUAUUUUCCCAUCAUUUUUAGCCAGUAUGAUCCAAAGAUUGUUUAUAGUGGAAAGGUUCCUAGUGACAAUCAUUUUGCCUUCACUCAGAAAACAGGUUUCUGGAGGAACUAUGGCUUUGGUAUCACCUGUAUUUACAAAGGUGACCUUCUUCGAGCGGGUGGCUUUGAUGUCUCCAUCCAAGGUUGGGGCCUUGAAGACGUAGAUCUGUUUAACAAAGUCAUUCAAGCUGGCUUAAAAACUUUCAGAAGCCAAGAAAUUGGAGUAGUCCAUGUGCAUCACCCUGUUUUUUGUGACCCUAAUCUUGAUCCAAAACAAUAUAAAAUGUGCUUGGGGUCCAAAGCUUCAACUUAUGGGUCCACACAACAGCUGGCUGAAAUAUGGUUUGAAAAAAACGACCCAAAUUUUGGGAAAAGCAGCAAUACUAAUGGCUCAGUGAGGACAGCCUAAUGUCCAGCUAUGCUGGAAAAGACUUUUUUUUUAAUUAUCUAAUUUAUUUUUGGGAAAAUGUUUUUUGAUAAUUCACUUUUAAAAGACCACACAGGAUAUAUUUUAGAAAUCAUCGUUGUUUUCUUACAAAGCGCUCGUUUUGAGAAGAACAAGGCCCUUGGGUUUUUUUGUUGUGUUUUUGGUUUUGAACAAAACUGUGAUCAAUAUUUGCCUUCAGACAAAAAAAAAAUUGUUUAAGAGUUAUCUGAUCAGCGGAAAUCUUGACUUGAAUUAGAAUUUCCUUAUGGAUAAAAGAUUAUUUCCUACCGUUUCCGUUGCCGUCUUCAUGGCUGGGAUUCUGUAAAUGUGGACCUGAGCGUGCAAAGCCAAGUGACAAAACGCUGUGUCUAAAUGUUUUUUGGUGUGACUGCUACCGUGCAAAGAUUCUGCUCCUUUGGUUCAGGAUUAGCCAUUAAUUUUCAAAUUGCAUUAGAAAAUCCAAGUCGCUGUGGCGAUGAGAAAGGGGUGGUAAUCGCAGGAGGGUUUGUUUGGUUUUUUUUUUUUCCCUAACAGCUGAUUAUUUCAGUUUAAAAAUACACUUCCACUUAUGGGCAGGCAAGGGAAGGAAGUAAGCACAAGCCGUGAUUAGUCCUUGUAGAAAUUGUUGUGUUUGGUAUUUGGUCCACAGACGGACGGGAUGUUUGGGGAAUCCGUGGUGGGUUCUGUGUUUUGUCCUCAGCCGCCUCCCAGGGCUGAGCGAUGCGACCAGGAAAUGCCUGAGGAGCGAGGGGAAGGGGCUGGGGAAUGGGAAUCUCUGGCAGCCAAAGGACAGCACACAAUGAACAAUCCAAGAUCCCUGAGGAGAGCCUGGAAAACUCCUCUGCACCGAGUGUCCCGCGCCCGAUCGCACCGGUUUCGUUCAGUCGCUCACGUGAUGUUAAUGAGAACAGUUAUUACAUUGGAUUAUUAGUUUUGUUUUGGGAUUUUUUUUUUUUCCCUGUAUCUGCUAGACCGUUAAUUUAUUUAAUAUCCAUUGUUUUAGGUUCUUGACCUUUCCUUGAAUAUCUGUUAGUCAUUUUAAUAUUUUAUAUAUAUAUAUAUGUGUGUGUAAAUAUAUAUAUAUAUAUUAGGAAUGUAUUGCAUCUUCUCACUGAUAAGGUAGUGUACAUCAUACUUACAGUAAAUGAUCUCCAAAGAUUACUUUCUAAAAUAUUUUUUCAUGAAUCUUUUUUUUUUUUUAUCCUCCCCUCCCAAAUUUAACAUUUUUGGAAUGACUUCAGUGAGUUUAGGAAUUUUUUUGGUAUUCUAAGAGGAACUGGGGAUGAGGAGGCUGAAUACAAGGGAAAUGUGAUCCCUGUGAGUUAACACCUAGCAAGGUAAGAGAAAAUACACAAAAUAAAGUGCCUUAAAGCCAGAUAGGGAACCCUGUACUCCAAGACUUGGACAGUGACUGGACAUUGUCAUUGAAGCAGAUGAUCUCUUGGGACCUAUGUACCUGUAAAUAUCCUGCUCAGCAGAAACAAAAAAUAAAAACCAGCGAACAAUAUAUUUUUCUAUCGUAUCCUCCAGCCCCAUUUCAUCUCAUUGCCCUCAGUUCCACUUCUACUCUUUGGGAAGUGGAGGCAAGUGAACAAAUGGAGAAAAUCCAAGGCUUAAGUGGUUGUUGCCAUGUUUGAAGGGAUAUUAUGGAGCAACUGCUAUUCCAGUAGAAGAAAUAACAUUGUUUACACGUGUGUGGAGUAUGAACUGCAACUAGCAUAGAGUCUGUGUCUUACAAUGUUCAUCCUUUUCUGGUGACAGUCCUGAGGAUGUAGGUGCAUGGAAAAUUUUUCCUUCUCUUUUUUUUUUCCCUUUCUUUGUUUCUUUUGUUUUUGUUUUUGUUUUUUUUUUUAAGACUUGCUUCUAAGAUGCAAUAAAGAUUUUUUUAUUUGCAA